GCCGCUUGUUUCACUCGGACUGUAUUGCGCUGCGCACACAGCUGAUCAUGUGACUGCUUCAGCAAACACCAUUCAGUGUACAAACAUAACCUGCUGAUUCAAUCUGGGGGAUGAGAUAUUAAAAGCGUCAGAAAAUGCUGCUAGUUUUAUCUGAGGAGCACAAGGAGCAUUUAGGAUUCUUGUCAGAAGUGGAUUCCGCGGUUGUUGGUGAAUUCGGCAGAAUCGCUGUGGAGUUUCUGAAAAAAGGCUCGAAUCCUAAAAUAUAUGAGGGAGCUGCACGGAAGCUGGAUGUGUCGUCAGAGAGAGUGCAGCACGGCGUGGAGGGCCUGAUGUAUCUCCUCACCGAGAGCUCCAAGCUAACGAUCUCGGAGGUGGAUUUCCAGGACUCUGUGCUGGUGCUGGGAUUCUCAGAGGAGCUCAAUGCACUUCUGCUCCAGCUGUAUUUGGAGAACAGGAAGGAGGUCCGACAGAUCCUCAGCAUACUGGCCCCCAGCCUCCCGCAUUACCACAACCUGGAGUGGAGGCUCGAUGUGCAGUUGGCGAGCCGGGCGCUCCGGCACCAGGUGAAGCCCACCGUGACGUUGAAGCUCCACCUGGAGGAUGGUGCGAAGCGCAGCGCCCGCGUCCUGCAGACGGAUCCCGCCACGCUGCAGCAUCUCAUUGACGAGCUGGAGCGAGCGCUCGCCGAGCUCAAGAGCAGCCACUGCCGCCGCAUCCUCCGCAACAUCAAAUAGAGCCGCAGCACUGAUCAACGGCUCGCUUGAUCGACUGUAAACCACUGAUGUUCCUCAGAGACCAGUCAAUGCAGAUUUCAUCUUUCAUUUGUGCCAUAAGUAUUAACUGGUGCCUUUUGUAUUAAACACACAGUUCACCCUAAAAUGAAAAUGAUGCCGUCGUUUACUCACCUUCAUGUCGUUCCAAACCUGUAUGAGUUUAGAUAUUUUGAAGAAUGUUGGAAACCAAAUAGUUUUGGGUCCCUUUGACUUCGAUAGCCAUACAAUGGAAGUCAGUGAGACACAAAACGGUUUGGUUCUUCAGGGUAUCUUGAUAAUAUAAGAUGUUCAAUGUAAGAUAUUUUGAUGAAUGUUGGUAACCAAACAGUUUCAGGUUCUAUUGACUUCCGUGAUAUUUUUUGGUCAUAUUAUGGACGCGUAUGGGACCUGAAACUGUUCAACCCGAUCUCAUGGCAAUUCGCACAUGUUUUAUGAGGUGACUAAUUCGUACAAAUUUGUAAGACUUCACUUGUGCGAAUUCAUACAGUUUUUUUUUUUGCUAAAUCCUAUGUAUUUUACGAGUUCCCCAAUUUGUACUAAUUCGUACAACCUCACUCAUUUGAAUUUGUGCGAAAUUUUUAUUUUUUUGCUAAAUCUCAUGUAUUUUACAAUUUCCCCAAUUUGAAUGAAUUCAUAUGAAUUCGUACAACCUCACUCAUUUGAAUUUGUGCGAUUUUUGCUAAAUUGUACGUAUUUGACAAGUUCCCCAAUUCAUACGAAUUCGUACAACCUCA